AUGUGUGAUAUUAUGAAAUAUCAUAAUAAUAAUUUAACAAAGCUUGAAGUUAUUGUGGCUGAUAAAGAUAUGGCAGAUAGAAGUGCCUUCUAUGAAAGUUUCCCAGCAGUAAAUAUUCACAUAUGUAUUUUUCAUGCUUUGAGGAUAUUUAAAAGAGAGAUUACAGCUGAAAAGAGAAAAAUUACUACAUCUGAAGUUAAAACAGUGCUGGAAAUACUAGGAAAAAUGGUAUACAGUAAGACUGAAGAUGUAUACAAUUAUCUUUACGAGAAACUUAUAGAUUUAAAAUUGCCCUUAGUUUCUUUGUAUUUUAAUACACAUUGGCACUUUAUUAGAAAAGAAUGGGUGAUAUAUUGGAGAAAUGAGUCACCACAUCUGCUCAAUUUUACUAACAAUCGUUUAGAAUCUCUUAAUCAAAAAAUUAAAAGAGUUGUAAAUAAAUAUUCUCCUUUAAAUGAUCUUUUUUCAGAUUUAUCAACAGUAGUUAGUUCUCAAGCCUUUGAAAGGCAUCACAGAAAUAUAAUGUGUAUUGAGAGGCUACCAUGUGUCACCUACGCAUGUUAUACUCCAGAAAAUUUGUAUUCAAUUCUUUUAACACCAUAUGCCUUUAAAAUUAUUUUAAAUGAAAUCUCAUUUCAUAAUCAAAUACAUCUAUUAAAUAUUGAUACUAUUUUAAACCAUGCGUUGGUCUGUGAAAAGGGUGUAGAAUUUAAAAUUACACUAAAAUCAUGUGCAUGUGGCUUUUUGACUUGCAUAAAGCUGCCUUGUCGCCACAUAUUAGCACUUCAUGCUGCCUUAAAAUUGGAUAUUUAUCUUAAUCAUCUCUGUGGAGAGAGGUGGACUAAAAAAUAUACACAGGAUAGCUCAAUAUUGUCACCUGAAGAUUCUUCUCUGUCUCAGUCAUAUUUAAACAUUUCCCAACAUCAUGAUUUUCCAUGCACAAAAAAUUUGUCAACCAAUGAAAAAUUUAAACAAGUUCAAAGAAUAUUGAUGCCCUUUUCAAGUUUAACAUCUCAGCUUCCUCAAGAAAUUUUUGAUGUAUUUAUCGAAAAACUAAAAAAACUUGAUAGUAUAGUUCAAGCUGGAAAAUAUUUUGAUAUCAUUGAAGUGAAUCAAAGUAUAUUUCCCAAUCCCAUAGUUAUUCCAAAGAUAAACAUUAUACAAGGUUAG